AUGUAUUAUCCAAUACAAAAUAUUGUCAAAGAAAAACUUCGUUCCAUUACGGUAUGAUAACGCAUAAUAGUUAAUUAAUAUGUGUAAUCGUAGAGGAUUACGACUUACAUACGUGAGAAACAAUGUAGGUAUAAAUUUCGUUUUAAAAUGUAGUUGUAUAACACGAAGCGACAGAUGAAUAUCUAAUCGCAAAUGUGAAAUGUUAUCAAGUGUAUUAUCAAGUAAUAUGGCACAAUUUACACAGUUGUAAACAUGUUGGACAUCUAAUACGAGAAAAAUAUAACAAUAGUUGACAUAAUAUUUAAUUAAUGAAACGAAUCAUUUACAUUUCAUUUCCUUCACUAUUUCAAUAAGCUACAAUUUAUUCUCGAUUGUAUAAAUGAAGAAUUAUAAUUAAAAUUAUAAUUGGACAAAACAAGAUAAAAUAAUAAUCUCUAUAAUUGGAGACAGUCAGAGUAAUAAUUAGAUUUUUUUAUAUAUUUCUAAAGACUCAUACUUUUCCCGGUUAAUCUAAGAAAUUGAAGUUUAAACAUUUAGAGUGAUUAAAAUCGAUAAUUACUUAGUUAAUUACUUAGUAGAGAAAUAAAUAUAAAUUUUGUUGCUUUUAAACUGUUGCAGUAAACAUCAUUUAAUAAGCUACACUAUGUUUCAUCAAACAUUACAUAAUAAGAUACACAUGACGAUUCAGUUUUUGAUUUCACAAUAUCAAGUAUAAGAAAUGAAACUGGUCAUUAUUUAAAUGUAUGUAAUUUUAUGAUCUUGAACGUCCAUUAGUAAAUUAAAUUUAAACGAUUGAAAAUGAUAAUGUUAUGCUGAUGACAGUAUUUACGUGAAUUUUAAAACAGCUUUUUAGCUUACGUAAAUUAACACGUGACGCGAAAAACUUGUUUUCUCUAAAACUGAUUUAUCGAUCUUUUAUGAAUUGUCAUAUCUAACAGUGUCCCAAUAUCAUAAUUAAAUAUCUCAAAAUCAUAACAUGACCAAAUAUCUAAGAUGCCACGAAAAUAUAAAUUUAAUUUCGUGAUCUUAAUGAAGGAGACUUUAUCGCUACUUGAUAAUGGCACAACUCGAAGGAGAGUUUUUUUUUAAAUUUACAGAAUGAAAACACAACGUAGAUUGAGCAUUUACUCGAUGAAAACGAGUUUAACGAAUUUUUAAAUUGAUACCACUAUCAACGCCAAGCAACGCAAUGUUGCACGUUUUAUCAAAAAAUUUUCCUCCGUAAUUCUUAGAAAAUUAAAGAAUUUCGCUUGAGUUAAAACUACUUUCAGCGGUUAUAAAUUUUGAUCUGCUAUAUUUUUUUUAUCAUUAAAUAUCUCGAUAUUUUUAUCGUUAAAACAAUAUCUGUUUUGUCUUCCGUAUAUCUCUCUGGAUAUUAUAUAACGUGCUCAGCUUACACUCAGUCAGUUGUUAUUUAAAACAUUGAUAAAGUGAAAACCUCGAGGAAAUUUAUAGUGAGUAAUUUCCACGUCGUAUUCACGAGAAAUACUUUAACAGAAUCGUAUCUUUGCUAAUUAUGCUCUGUCAGCAAAUAAUGACAUAAUAUAGUAGAUAUAGUAGAUUUUUUUAAAGAGGGGAGGACUUCAGAUGUUACAUAUAUAUCUACGGAACCAACGAUAGAGAACUCACUUUUAACGUAGCUCGGGAAACAUUCUGCCUGUAAAUGUAAAUUUCAUGUCCGCUGUCUUGUAGUGCUCGUGACAAUCGAAGCUUCACAGUGGUACGUAGUGUAUCUUUCACACCAUCUUUCCCAGUUUCUCGUCAUUUGUGUUUUCGUGGACGCAAUCAAAGAGAAAGGAAAAUGGAAUUUAAACAGAAUAUUACGAUCAGACCGUGGUAUUUUAAUGCGUUUUUGAAUUUUCGUUCUAUUUUUGCAUUUCGAGUUUUUAUGCCGUUUUAAAUCAAAAUUUAAUUAUUAAAUUGAAACAUUCUGCCAUUUCAUGCAUUUUGAAGUUAUUAAAUAUUUAUAUAUUUUUGCAUAUUAUACGCAUCUUCCAGUUUCCCGCAAAUGCAUAAAAAUCCGCAGUCCCCAAUUGCAGACAGAUAUUUCACUUUUCACGCGCAUUCUCUACACACUUGGCAAUUAUUCGUUAAAAUAUUCGUGGAUUUUUACGUAUUUAUAGAAAAGUGCAAAGAAUACACGCGUAAUAUGAGAAAAUAUAUACAAAAUUUUUUUUUUUUUUUAACUACACUCCUAAAAUAUGAAAUUGCAUGAAAAGUAUGAUCUUCCGAGACAAACAAGAACGUGUACGUCUAUCUCAGAUUCGUUUCAGACUUGACUCCGUCCGAAAUGGCCUUGCUAACGCCAUACUGGGGGCUGGACGGUCUUCUCGUCCUUUCAUCCUUGAUGAUUGGCGCCUAUAUGUACAUGACGCGGAAAUUCAAAUACUGGUCGAAGCGAGGCAUCAAGGAGAUCCCACCUACGCCUUUCGUUGGCAAUUUCGCGGACUGCAUUCUGCUAAAGAAAGCAGGCGCGGAGUUUGUCAAAGAGAUAUACGACAAGGCCGAAGGACUUCACGGAAUAGGAUUCUACAUCUUCGACAAACCAUACUUUCUGGUUCGCGAUCUAGAACUGCUGAAGCAUGUCUUUGUGAAAGACUUCAACUACUUCGCCGAUAGAUACGCGACCGCCGACAAGGUCAAUGAUCGUCUCGGCUACGCGAACCUGUUCAUGAUGAAGAAUCCCAGCUGGAAGACUCUCCGAACGAAGCUAACACCGAUCUUCACUUCCGGCAAGCUGAAGAAAAUGUUCGAGCUGAUGAUAACGAAUGCGAACGAUCUUGAAAAGUUUUUCGACUCAAUGCACUUGGAAAGCAAUGGAAAAGUAGUAGAGAUCAAAGAUAUAUGCGCGAAUUUCACCACCGACAUGAUCGGUAACACUGCGUUCGGUGUGAAAGUGAAUUCGUUGCACGAUCCAAAGGCGCCGUUCCGCGAAUACGGCAGAAAGAUCUUCGACUACGAUUUCGCUCGUAGCAUAGAAUUCUUUACCAUAUUCUUCUUCCCUAAUUUGGUCAAGUAUAUUAAACCCAAGUUCUUCGGCAAGAAACCGUCAAAGUUCCUCCGAACUGUUUUCUGGGAUGUGAUCAACCAACGAAUCGACUCGGGACAAAAGAGAGGCGAUCUCAUCGAUGUAUUGAUCGAGAUGAAGGAGAAAUACAAGGAUGACGAUACUCUGACUGACUUCAGUACAAUUCAAGGACGACGAUUUAGUGUCACAAGCGGCCAUAUUCUUUACCGGUGGUUUCGAGACGUCUUCCACUGCCAUGUCCUUCACAUUCUACGAGCUAGCUUUGAACCCAGCUGUACAAAAUACUCUCAGGGCAGAGAUCCACGACGCUCUCGCGAAAACCGAUGGCAAAAUUACGUACGAUAUGGUUAUGUCGCUGCCGUACCUCGACAUGGUAGUUUCAGAGACACUUCGCAAAUAUCCACCUCUGGGAUUCUUGGAUCGAAUAUGCCUGGCCGAUUAUAAAGUGCCCAAUUCCGAUCUGGUGAUAGAGAAGGGUACUCCCGUGUUCAUUUCCGUAAUCGGCAGCCACUACAAUCCGGAGUACUUCCCAAAUCCGGAGAAAUACGACCCGCUCAGAUUCACGGAAGAGGCUAAGAACUCCAGGCCGAGUUACGUUUAUUUCCCGUUUGGCGACGGGCCUCGCGUCUGCAUAGGUAUGCGACUGGGACUCAUGCAGUCGAAACUGGGAAUCAUUCAGAUAUUGAAGGACUAUGAAUUCUUACCUUGCGAGAAAACAAGAAUUCCAAUGGUCCUGGAUCCCAAAGCGCUCACCACGUCAGCUUUAGGGGGGUUAUAUUUGAACAUUCGAAAAGCCACGACCGCGGCCGCCAGCCACUUGUGCAGGCCCGACAACUGUUUCUCGGGAGAGUCCUCGAUCACCAGGCCGUAUCACUUGAUCUCCUCGCGGCUCGGCGAACGCGGAGGAUGCGACGGCACCAUCUGCGGGGUCUCCGGCACCUGCCUCUUCGGCCGAAAGCUUGCCGUUAACGAGGAGAUCCAGCCGCUGGGAGACUGCGAGCUCUGA